GGGCACACACACAUCUUGAAGUUGAAUGGGAAACGAACUCGGAGUCGGAGAUCGUUCUGUACCGGAGGGAGGACGGCGAAUCUUUCAUCAACUUCCCUGUCGCGUAUUUUACUCUCCAUUAGCUCUGUAAUCGCAAUAGCGCUGAGGCCGGAUUGCAUCUAAGGAAUCGUUGAUGGCGGCGUCAUGGCAGUGGGAAAACGCCACCGCCGGCGCCGUCGCUGGAUUCGCCACCGUAGCUGCUAUGCACCCUCUCGAUGUUGUGCGUACGAGGUUCCAAGUCAACGACGGUAGAGGGUCAAGUCUCCCGACGUACAAGAACACAGCCCACGCUGUAUUCACCAUUGCCCGUUUCGAGGGGUUGAAAGGGCUUUAUGCAGGCUUCUUCCCUGCUGUUAUCGGUUCCACUGUUUCAUGGGGAUUAUACUUCUUUUUUUAUGGAAGAGCCAAACAUAGAUACGCUAAAGGCAGGGACGAUGAGAAACUCAGCCCUGGUCUUCACCUUGCUUCUGCUGCUGAAGCAGGGGCCUUGGUCUGUUUAUGCACAAAUCCGAUUUGGCUAGUCAAAACAAGAUUACAGCUUCAGACUCCUCUUCAUAAAACCCAACCAUACUCCGGCCUAUUAGAUGCCUUUAGAACCAUAGUGAAAGAGGAAGGACCCAGGGCGCUCUACAAGGGUAUUGUCCCUGGUCUGGUACUGCAGGUUUCUCAUGGUGCUAUUCAGUUCACGGCAUAUGAGGAGCUCCGCAAAAUCAUUGUGGAUUUGAAAGAAAAGAGAAGAAAGUCGGAAUCCGCUGACAAUUUAUUGAACUCAGCAGAUUAUGCUGCACUUGGCGGCUCCUCCAAAGUCGCUGCAGUUCUUCUUACAUAUCCAUUUCAGGUUAUUCGAGCACGAUUACAGCAACGACCUAGUACUAACGGAGUUCCAAGAUAUAUAGACAGCUUACAUGUUAUCAGAGAAGCCGCGAGAUUCGAAGGUCUCAGAGGUUUCUAUAGAGGACUAACUGCUAAUCUUUUGAAAAAUGUUCCUGCUUCUUCCAUCACAUUCAUCGUCUAUGAAAACGUUCUGAAAUUGCUUAAACAACCUCCAAGAAAAGAAGAUUAGAUCUUUCUUUUUCCUUUCACUAGUAUUUCUUAGACUCAACGCACAUUUGUUUUCACGCCCAAUACUAUGAAUUAUUCUUUGAUAAUACAUACAUACUAGACUGUUUCAUCUAA